AUCGUUACUCCAUAUCACUACACUCUUCACUACCAGUAUAGUAUAAUGGCUCUUUCCCAGAAAUUUAGCACUGCACUAUUACUCUACACCACUAUACUAUGGAUAUCCCAGGUGACCUAUGAUGUCAGUGCAAAUGAACUGGCUGAGGUUCAGAAUACAGUACCUGGUAGUGCAGAGUCCAACGAACAGACUGCUGCCGGUGACCUAGAUAGUUCAUAUAUCCGUACCCAGGACAGUACAUCAAGCACUGGGGACUCUUUAGGAUAUUACCAGAAAUACAAGCAGUUUGUGAACAAGCAUAACAAGACAUUCACUAUUGUCCUUGGGGUACUAAGUGCCAUAUUUCUUGUCGGUGUUAUUAUAGCCAUUGCCUUCUACUGCUUUCAAGAAAACGGGAAGGAUGGCGCAAAUUAUGUAUCCAUUGUAAUAAUACCCAUAGUAUUUUGGUUGGCAUUAUUUGGGUACAUGGUGUACAAGUUAUAUGGAAGCGAGAUACUGGCCUACUUUAAAAGCAAGAAGGCACCUGUAGUGAAGAGUACUGUGGAUACUAGUGGGUAGUCCGAUCAUUUCCGUAGACACUACAGUGUGAUUAUGAAUGACACUGCGAACUUUACCGGUAUGAACCUCUUCUGAUGAUUU